AUGGUGAAUUUUUGUUCUGUAGCGAACUGCUUGAACAGUUCUAGGAAUCGUCCGGAUCUUUUCUUUUUCUGCUUCCCUUCCGAACAGAAUUCUAGAAGGCUUUGGAAGAACUUUUGUCGACGAAAUGAUCCCGAAUUCCAAGGUCAAAAAAACCCUCGGAUUUGCAGUGCACAUUUCGAGGCUUCCUCCAUCAAAAAUUCCCUUGGCGGGAGAAGAGAAAUUAUUCCAGGUGAAUUGCCGAAGUAUUUUAAUCCCUCAACAAACGAGGGUCUUGUUUCUUCUCGUGAAAAAAGACUGGAUGAUAGGAAGAAACGAACAUCUCAUGAGCAAUGUCCUAAACCUAAAAAGAGUAGGACGGUUACAAAGGAAGGCAAAGAUACCUGGGUCGCAACAAGCAACGAGGCAGUUCUUUUGGAUCACAAUUAUUGUCAGCGUCUUCUAAACAAUGACAAGGGAACUCAAACAGACUUUCCUUUUGAAGAUUUACAGGUUUUAAACAGUGAAAUUAAUACUUUGAAGGAGGAAAACGCAAAUCUUAAGGCAAAGUUGACAAACAGCAAGCAGCUGAAAAGAGAGCUAUUUGUGGAUGAUGUUUUAAAAGAUGACGAGUCAGUCAAAUUUUACACAGGGAUACCUAGCCUAGCUUGCUUAACAAUGAUAUUUAAUUUGUUAAAGCCCUUUGGAGAAAAACUUAAGUACUGGGACAAAAACAAAGAGAACGAAGUUACGUAUCAAAAAGAUUCAAGCAAAAAAAAGCCUGGAAAGCAAAGAUUAUUGACCAUUAUGGAAGAGUUCAUCUUAACUUUGUUUCCUAGCACAAGAAUAAUAAUAGACUGUACCGAGAUAUUUUUACAAAAGCCAACAUCCCCUAGUGCCCAGAGGGCCACCUGGAGUAACUAUAAGCAGCACAACACAAUGAAAGCACUAGUGGGAAUCUCACCUACAGGUUAUUUCACCUUUGUUUCUAAACUAUGGACUGGAAAUGUCAGCGAUAGAUAUAUUACUGAAAAAAGUGGUCUAUUGGACAAACUUGAAGAGGGGGAUUGUGUUAUGGCAGACAAAGGCUUCAACAUCAGGGAUCUGCUUACAAGAAAGAAAGUAGCACUUAAUAUCCCACCACUUUGCAAACAAAAGCAACUGUCUAAGAAGACAGUAAAAUCUACCCGUGCCAUUGCCAGUGUUCGGAUCCAUGUAGAACGUGCCAUUGGACGACUUAAGGACUUUAGAAUUCUACAAGGGAACUUUCUUGUUCCAAUGCUGCCCAUUGCUGACAACAUUUUUAGUGUGUGUGCUGCUCUGUGCAAUUUGCUACCACCCCUGGCUAAAUAACUACUGCUGCCUUGUGAGCUGAGAAGCACAAUAAGUUUGUAACUUUGAACAAUUACCAGUCAGUUUAUGUUAAUGGUUAAUAACACAUAUCAAAAAUCUUCU